AUGUCAGGUUUAUUAGGUGCUGGUUAUGACUCCAGCGACGAUGACACUACCAGUGUGCCCAAACCUUCGGUGACGACCGCAACCAGGGUCGUUGCUGCACCAGAAGUCAAUACAGAGGAUGAAGCACACAUGCAGAUGACUCUCGCAAAUACCACACAAGCCCUCACUUACAACGCCACCUACGAUGACCUGACACGACCUUCUCAAGGGCCUGCCAACCCGUUCAAAACUGCUGGCCCAGGGAAUGGCAUUAAGCGCAAAAAUAUUCCAACUGGAUAUGCUGAGGAGACCGCGAUGAGCGAGGCUACCUUUGCUACGCAGCGUCGCACCUUCGAGAGCUUGGGGUACUCUCGCAACCCAUCUCGCCCGGACGAGUUCGUCGGAGAUAUGGAGAAUGUCGCAAAGUACGGUGGCAAGGAUGUCGUUCAGCUGAAAGUUAGCAAGGAGGCUUCUGCUGCGUGGCGCGCAAAGCGACAGAAGAAGGGCGAUUCGAGUAUCGUCGAGGGCGAAGGCGCGUACCUAGGCCCAUGGGCGCAAUACAAAAAUGAUCAAGAAUACGAGGAAAUCGAGGUCGGAUCAGACGAGGAGCGUGAGCUCGCAAGUGAUGAAGAAUACGUGGAAGAAGGCGAGGAGCUUACCGCUCCGACAGCGCUCAUGCCGCCUAUGAGCAAAGAGGCCACCGACUACGCGAGCGACUAUUCCAAGGAGGAAACGACCGAGUUCCACGGCUCAGAGGAAAGAGAUUACCAAGGCCGCACAUAUAUGCAUGUUCCCCAGGAUUUGGAUAUCGAUCUGCGCAAGGAGCCCGGCAGUGUCAAGAACUACGUGCCCAAGAAGCUCGUGCAGACCUGGAAGUCGCACACCAAGGCCAUCACCUCGCUCCGUUUCUUCCCUGGCUCCGGCCAUCUGUUGCUUUCGUCUGCUGCAGACGGAAAGGCCAAGAUCUGGGAUGCGUUCCACUCGCGCGAACUGCUGCGCACUUUCUCAGGUCACUCGAAGGCCAUCUCCGACACAGAUUUCCACCCGACCGGCAAAACUUUCCUUACUGGUUCUUAUGAUCGACAGAUGAAACUGUGGGAUACGGAGUAUGGUAAGUGUAUUGGCCGGUACACAACAGGUAAGACGCCCCACGUUGUGCGCUUCAACCCGAGCCCUGAGCACUCGCAUGAGUUCCUGGCCGGUAUGUCCGACAAGAAGAUUGUGCAGUUCGAUACCCGCUCUGGCGAGUUGGUCCAAGAAUACGAUCACCACUUGGCUGCUGUCAACACCAUUACUUUCGUCGACGAUAAUCGUCGCUUCAUCACUACUUCGGAUGAUAAGUCGCUUCGUGCAUGGGAAUAUGGUAUCCCUGUGCCCAUUAAGUUCAUUGCAGAGCCUUACAUGUUUGCCAUGAAUCGCGCUACCCCCCAUCCCAACGGCAAAUAUGUUGCUUUCCAAUCUGGUGAUAACCAGAUCGUCGUCUACGGAGCAACUGAUAAGUUCCGUCAGAACCGGAAGAAGAGUUUCCGUGGCCACAACAAUGCCGGAUAUGGUAUUGAUAUCAAGAUCUCACCUGAUGGGCAAUUCCUUGCAUCUGGUGAUAGCGGUGGCUAUGUUUGUUUCUGGGAUUGGAAGACUGGAAAAAUGUAUCAUAAGAUUCUUGCCGGUGGAAAGGAGGGUGGUGCUAUUACAUGCUUGGAUUGGCAUCCGCAAGAAACAAGUAAGGUGGUCACUGGUGGUCUGGAUGGUAUUAUUAGGUAUUGGGAUUAG